GAACGCAGAGAGUAACACGGUGUGCUGUUGUCGUCGUCCGCCUCCGGAUUUUUCUGCGGCUUAUCUCUGCACUCCUGAAAAAUGGGGAGCGAUCGUUGUGGUGGGAAAUGAGGAAAUUCCAAAAACGGAAAGCAGGGCAUGGGUCUGUAAUCUCGUCUUCGCAUGCUGAUCAUCAUCGUACAUCAUUAACAUUUUAGCAUUAUGUUAUGGCUUUGAUGCUGACAUAGCAUCCGGGGACGAGAAUCAAGGAAUCGUCGCCUUCUUCUCCUCCUUCUCCUUCUUCUCUGUGCGUAUAUAUAUGGCAACGCCUUCUUUGAUUCGAGCUGGUUGUGGGGGUUAUUCACUGAUAUUGAGUAAUAAUAGACUUAAUUGUAACACUAGAAAUGGUGGUUAUGGUGCUGUAGGUCCGUCAUCGUCGUCGUCUUCGUCUUCCUGCUCGUGUUCUUCGUCUUCUUCUUCUCAGAGCCUGAAUUUCUCUUCUGGAAUAAAUUAUAGUUGGAAGCAUCAAGGGUUUAGAGCUCAAGCAAUGAGUACCACUGCUCAGGGAAGCUUUGGAUCAUGCAAGAACAUUGUAAAUGGGAAAAAUGAGCCUGAUCAUCUUCUUGUUCUUGUUCAUGGCAUCUUGGCUAGCCCUAGUGAUUGGACAUAUGUAGAGGCAGAAUUGAAAAGGCGACUUGGAGGAAACUUCUUAAUAUAUGCAAGUUCAUGUAACACCUACACUAAAACCUUUGCUGGGAUUGAUGGAGCUGGGAAACGAUUGGCUGAUGAAGUGAGUCUUAAAGUCUUUGUGAGAAUAACUAUUAUAAUUGCUGUUCUUUACUCACCAAACAACUUAAUUGGCAGCCAAUCUGAUGAUGUUGCUGAAUCUACAGGAAAUUCAGAAACAUCAUGCCCUUCGAGACAAUGUAUGAUUGCUGGACUGGAGCCAAUCAAUUUUAUUACCUUGGCAAGUCCACAUCUUGGGGUGAGAGGGAGAAAGCAGCUUCCAAUUCUUUUUGGAGUUCCCCUUUUGGAGAAACUUGCCCCACCUGUAGCUCCUUUUUUGGUUGGUCGCACUGGUAGUCAAUUAUUUCUUACUGAUGGUAAACCCAAGAAACUGCCGCUGCUCUUGAGAAUGACAUCCGAUUGUGAAGAUGGAAAAUUUUUAUCUGCACUUGGUGCAUUUAGAUGUCGCAUUGUCUAUGCAAAUGUGUCUUAUGAUCAUAUGGUUGGUUGGCGCACAUCCUCCAUUAGGAGAGAGACAGAACUUGUUAAGCCUCCACUUCGAUCUUUGGAUGGUUACAAGCAUGUUGUGGAUGUGGAAUACUGCCCAUCAGUUUCUUCUGAUGGCCCUCGUUUUCCUCCAGAAGCAAUCAAAGCAAAGGAGGCUGCACAAAAUGCACCAAACGCACAAAACACAACAGAAUAUCACGAAUGCAUGGAAGAGGAAAUGAUACGAGGCUUACAGAAGUUAGCAUGGAAAAAAGUAGAUGUCAGCUUUCCAUUCGGCAUUCUGGCCCUUCUUUGCUCACAACAACAUACAUGUAAAAAAUGAGUGGCUUCAUAAUGCUGGUACCGGAGUGGUUGCUCACGUUGCAGACACCCUAAAGCAACAGGAAUCCUCUUCCUCGUAUAUUUCUGCUAGCUUGUACCUUUGAAUUGAAUAUAACCACAUGGUACCCAAAUUAGUUGUAGAACAAAUGUUUUUUUCUAUUUACAUGUCAUGUAAUUUGAAUUUAUGAUUUUUUACUUUUACUAAAAAGAAAUUACGACU